GCGGGGUAGCUCUUUUAUCAAUCCUUUCUUUUGGCAGUUAGACAACGCUGUCAGGUUUUUUUUUAUCAUGGGUCCGCGUCAACCGUUAAAGUUUCACCGUGAUAAACUCGCCUUGUGAUCAGUGCUGUAACACAGGCCACCUGUUGGCCUGAUAGAGCGCCAUUACAUUGUUUCAACGGAACACAAAGUACGGUAGAUAAGCCGCAGGAUUCAGGAAACAGGUCUGACAAACAAACGACCAGUCGUUUCGACACAGGCUGCCAUAAUUGCGUGUUUAUAAACACGUUAUCUCUUAAUGCAUUCAUGGCGUAACGAUAACAGCUAGCUAAAACCAGCUUUCCUUUACUAUUCAGUUUUCAAAUGUUACCAUAUCACCCAUUAAACUAGCUAGCUAACGUUAGCUAGCUAGUAUAACCGAAACGAACCACAGCUUGCCAACAAACCAAAGAUCAUCGAAUGUUAGCUUAACGUUAUAACAAGACAUUCGUGUGGCUAACGUUAUAGCUAGCUUGUAAUAAGUUUGUAACGUUGUCCCUUGACGAAAAAGGUCUCUACUACUCCUGAACGAACUGAAAUGAAGGUUGACUCUACUAUUAUGUUUAUCUCUAAUUUUCUAUCACGAUAAUAUACCCAACGAUAUGAUAUUCAUUUUAGUGGCUAGCUAAUUCAACAUUUCACGGUGAUAGCCUGCAUCGGAAGGUCGGUAGGCUCGCGAACGCGAGAGCUAGCUAGCGUUAAAUUAACGUCAGCAUAUUUGCCGAUAAACUGGAAAUCGGAUAUGGUUGCUUUGCCUGCCGUGCGGGCUAGCAUAUUAUUAAUUUAUUAUUGAUCAACCUGUGCUAAUGUUGAGGGGGUGGGGUAAUAGCUAUGUUAAACUAUACACUGAUUUAUUUUAAGAAAUACAUUGAGAAUUGAGUUCGUUUGUUCUGCAGCAAUUAAAUCGGCGAGAUAACCGUUAUGUAGCUAGCUAUGUGUACUUGUAAUGCGGCGAUAGCAUUAUAUUUGACUAAUAAUUAAGCCGCCUGUUCUCAUUUUGGAUGGGUGGAGAUCUCGCGGCUAAUUUAGCAGUCCUACUACGGGACAGCCUCCUACACAUCGGUCGUCCAAUGGAUCAUUACGCAGACGUCACAAGGGCCGGUCUGCCUAUGUAAAAAAAAAAAGAAAAAGUGAAGUGCUUCAGGAGGAAGCGAAGAGUCAGGAGGAACAUCUAUCUAUAAGGGAACCGGCGAGAGAGCUGCAAGAUGGCAAGUGCAGCGAUUGUGCCCCCAGACUACAUCCAAGAUAAAAGCAGCCGCCUUUAUGUGGUGACCUGGUUCAACAACCUGCUCAAGACAAACUUCACAGAUGUGGGGCAGCUGGGUUCAGGUGCAUGCCACUGUCAGAUCAUGGACUUGGUUAUCCCUGGCUCUGUUGAUAUGACCAAGGUGAGGUUUGAUGCGCAAGGUGAGGAUGACUGUAAGCACAAUUUCCAUCUCCUCCAUGAGGCCUUCAGGGAGAGCGGUAUCACAAAGACUUUUCCAGUUGAUGAGAUUAUAAAAGGGGAUUCUCAAAGCAAUUUUGAGACCCUGAAGUGGUUCAAAGUUUUCUACACGACAAAUACGAAAAGUGACGAAUACGACCCUGUGAAAGCUCGGGACAGUCAGGAUAUCAGCCCUAUUGUGGUACCUCCCCAAUUGCAUAAAGGGAUAUCUAAAUUGGAAUCAGACACGGAGGAGAAGGGCACUGUGGUGACUAAAUUUCCUUUCACUGAGAAGUGGAAGGGAAUUCAUGAAUGGGCUGACCAGAGUAGUCUUGGAGAGCAAUAUACCUUCUGCCGCUCUUGUGACAGAAACCUGAAGACAUUUUCGAAAGGCCUUAUUGAACUCAGGCGACAUGCGGAAACAAACAAACACAAGAAAAAGGCUAAAAUUUACAGGAGCCAACACUCUGAGCUGUUGCCCUGUAGCGACGCAGCUAUUCAGUUUAUUCACAAACACUGCAACACUGGCUCUGCUAAAGGGAAACAUGUGUCUACACACUUUGCACGCAGUAAACUGGGGCUGCAUUACCCCAAAGACAUCACAUCUGUUUGCCAACACACUCCUUACUGUGUAUACAUUUAUGGAGGGGUAACCCUGGGAAAGGAUGCUACUGUCUCUGUGGUCCUUGUUGGGUUUUUUGAUGUCGAAGCCUCCAGGCACUGCAUCCGAUUUCUGGACGCUCUUGCAGGGGAUCAAACACCAGCAGCAGUGGUGGAGACCUUGAAGAAAUUCGGGUUACACACCGAUAAUCUUGCUGCUGUUUAUUCUGAUGGUAAAGGUGCAGCCUCAGAGCAGAUCUACACACAGCUCAGGGAACUCAACCCAAACAUAGUAGCCUUAGGUGGGCUGUAUGCCGUUGCUGAUGCUGCUUGUCAUGCAGGGGUUAAUAAGCUCUCCAAACAGGCUCAAGAGUUGAUCGUUGACAUCCAUGCCCACUACUCUUCCUACUCUACCAAGAGUGACAAGCUCAAGGCUCUCUUUGGCUCAGAUAUCAGUGCAGACAGUCCAUCAUUUCAUCUCAACACCAGCUGCCUUAAGUUCUGCCUGCUUGUCACGAAAAUCUUGGAAAUAUGGACAGAUCUCAUAAUGUACUUUAAGUCUUGCGACAAGGAUGAUGACAAAGCCAAGUCAAUCUGCUCCCAGCUGCACGAUCCCAAAGUCAGGGCAACAUUUAUGUUCCUGGAGCACGCCCUCAAGCCUCUGCACAAUUUCCAAAGGCAUCUGCAGACACAGCAGGGAGCUGCUCGAGCGAAUGUGCUGCUCAUCCUAGAAGAAGCCAGUAGCCUGCUAUGCACCUACACCUCCUACUUCCUUCACCCUGAAGCUGCUGUUCGCUUUCUCAAAGAACACGAUGCCCAAAUCCUAAAAGACAAGAAAUUCCUCCUGUCGAGCCCUGAACUCAGUCUGGGCGGGAAAGCUGUGGAAGACUUCCUGAAUGAGUCUGAGGCUACAGAGACACUGCCACUGUUUAAAGAGCAGGUGUUGUCUUUCUAUGUCACACUCGCAGGUUGCAUUGCACAGGAGCUGCCUCUUAAUGACAACAUGCUAAGGAGCAUAGCUCAGCUGCUGAACCCCCAGAGCAGGCAGAAGGUGACUGGGGAAGAGGUUGGGGAGCUUGGGACCAAGCUGCAAAUCUGCAGCUCCCCUGAGGAGGUCAACCAGCUCACAAGUGAAUUCCUUGAGUAUCAGCGGGCUGAGGAGGGAGAGAAGGACAACUCGGCAGUGGUUUUACUAGAGAAACACUGGGCCAGUGUACUGAAGGACACCAAGCCGACUUCAAUCUUCAGAAAGCUUGUUUUGACCCUGCUGGCUCUCCCCUGCCCUCCACUCGAGGCCCAGCAGGUUUUUACUCAGGCCCUGGAGAGUGAAGAUGCUGCACUGUUCUCUGAGAGUGAAGCCCUAACAGAAAGCGAUUGUGAUGUCAUGUCUGACAGCGUCCUCUCCGACAGCACCUUGGUUCACACUGAAGCGUGUCCUCUUUUGGAUGGCAGCAGUAGGCGAUGCCACAGCUUUGGCCUCUGGUCUGAGCCUUUGGCUACGGUAAACAGAACAGCCAAUAAACUGAAUGGCCUUAAUGUGAGAGUGAAGCCAUGUGAAGUCCGCCUAACAAAGAUACAUCAACAUGCCAAUACACCUGGAGAGAAUGGCACCCAGUGUCAAGAGAUGACCAGUAGGGGAUGUUAUGGCUGGGAGAGCAGCUUGCGCCAGAAGCCACAGGCCCGUACAGUGUUUCAGGCUGGUGCUAGCACCUGGUCCAACCCCGUAGGUGUUGAUAAUGGUCUGAAGUCCAAAGAUGAGGUGGCAGAAGAGACCUCACCAUUCAGUAAACCGACGCCAAGAGCACGGCGGAAACAUGCCUACCAGGAUGGGAAAGGGUUUCUGACAGGGGAGCUGGUGUGGGGGAAAGUGAAGGGCUUUUCCUGGUGGCCUGGGAUGGUGAUGCCUUGGAAAACCAAGUCAUCUCCCCCGGGAAUGCGGAAGGUGGAGUGGUUCGGAGACGGGAUGUUCUCAGAGAUCUAUACGGAGGGUCUGCUGACAUUCCGUGCCUUCACCAAGUGCUUCUGCAAAAAUUCCUUUGCCAGCUUGCCAACCUACAAGGAAGCCAUCUUUCAGAUCAUCGAGUUGGCAGGUGAGCGAUGUGGGAAGUCUUUUGCUGAAGCGGAAGGAAAUAAAGAAAAAGAGCUGAAGCUGAUGCUGGAAUGGGCUUCUGGAGGAUUUCUGCCUACAGGACCGGAAGGAUUCUUACCUCCUGAUGCUGCAGCACAUCAUGAUUCUUCUGACUCGACCAUUUCUGACUGCCAGCCUCCGGCAAAAAGGAAAUAUGUUUUUAAAAACAAGCCAAAUCCACCCGUAAUAAUAACCUAUAACAGAGAAUCAAUAAGAGAAAAGGUCAAAGAGAAAGGCAAAAGAAUUGAAGAUUUUUGCCUGUCUUGUGGAUCAACUGAGAUUGAAGUGCCGCACCCGUUGUUUGAAGGUGGUCUUUGUCUAAGAUGCAAGGGAAACUUCACAGAGACGCUGUUUCGCUAUGAUGAAGAUGGCUACCAGUCGUACUGCACCGUGUGCUGCGCCGGCUUAGAGGUGAUUCUGUGUGGCAACGCCAGCUGCUGCAGAUGUUUUUGUAAGGACUGUCUGGAAAUCCUGGUGGGACUGGGAACCUUUGACAAGCUGAAAGAUGUCGAUCCAUGGAGCUGCUACAUGUGCAAGCCGUCGCAGUGCGACGGAAACCUCAAACUCAGACCAGACUGGAGCAUCAAGGUUCAGGACUUCUUUGCCAACAACAGUGCCAUGGCGUUUGAGCCUCACAGAGUUUACCCCUCCAUCACUGCUGACCUGCGCAGACCAAUCAGGGUGCUCUCGCUUUUUGACGGCAUUGCAACAGGAUACCUGGUGCUCAAAGACCUGGGCUUCAAGAUUGAGCGCUACAUUGCUUCAGAGAUUUGUGAGGAUUCGAUCGCUGUGGGGAUGAUCAAGCACGAGGGACAGAUCGAAUAUGUCAACGACGUUCGUACCAUCACAAGGAAACAUCUGGCUGAAUGGGGUCCAUUUGAUCUUCUGAUUGGAGGCAGUCCGUGUAAUGACCUGUCCAUGGUCAACCCUCUUCGAAAAGGAUUAUUUGAGGGCACUGGAAGGCUCUUUUUUGAGUUCUACCGCCUUCUGACCCUGUUGAAGCCUAAGGAGGAUGACAACCGUCCGUUCUUCUGGUUGUUUGAGAACGUGGUUUUCAUGAGCGCCCACGACAAGUCAGAUAUCUGCAGAUUCCUUGAGUGUAAUCCAAUUCUUAUCGAUGCCGUGAAAGUUAGUCCUGCUCACAGAGCGCGCUACUUUUGGGGAAACCUCCCUGGCAUGAACAGACCUCUCUCUACAGCUCUAGAUGACAAAGUGGCCCUCCAGGAUUGUUUGGAAGUAGGACGCGUUGCAAAGUUUGACAAAGUCCGCACCAUCACCACAAAGUCCAACUCUAUUAGGCAGGGGAAGAUGGGGCCACUUCCUGUCAGCAUGAACGGCAAGGAGGACUACCUGUGGUGCACCGAAAUGGAACAGAUCUUUGGCUUCCCCAAACAUUACACGGACGUGAACAACAUGGGACGGAAUCAGAGGCAGAAAGUCCUGGGUCGCUCCUGGAGUGUCCCUGUUAUUCGCCACCUCUUCGCCCCGCUGAAGGAUUAUUUUGAAUGUGAACAAGGACUGUGAACCGAACAGCAGCGGUAAACCUACUGCCUUAUCUCCGCCCUGCAUUACUAGGUAGUUAAAACUCUCCCGUCUUUUUCUGAAAAACCUAGUUUAGUAUUUACUACUUUGACUUUUACAAGUGUUUAACUCAUGAUCCACUAUCACCAGCAGGCACCGACACUUUUUUUUCUCUUGUUAGUUUUGCUCCAGGUUUCCUUUGAUUAAUGAUGAUGGUGCUGUGAUCAAACAAUAAUGUUGCUCAAAACAUUGGCCUGAAUCAUGAAGCGACAUUAGACAGUUAGCCAGCUAUCUUUGGGCUUAAUCACCACGCGGAUUCACCUUUAUUUGGGGUAACUCACCAUGGCAACCUGCCAACAGCUCCAUUACUUAUAUUAGAGUCAUACCUACAGGAUCCCAACAUGAAACACAGAGUUUCCAAUGAAGCACUAAAGUUGCAAUAGAGAUCUUUUUCCCUUCAUUUCAGAGUGAGAGACAGGAAAGGUGGGGGAUGACAGGCAGCAAAGGGCCGCAGGUCGGAUUCGAACCCGGGCCACUGCAAAGGCCUCAGCCUACAUGGGGCACACGCUCUUACUGGGUGAGCUAGAGGUCGCCCCAACAACAGAGAUCUUUUUAUAGAUCAGUAGAAUCACUUUGCCAACCAUGAUCAUUAUAAUUAAUGUCUGCUUUGUCAGCAGGAAGAGCUUGACUUUAUCUGUUUUUAAGUAUAGCAUCUACCCCUAAUAGUUUGUUGUUUGUUAUAUUUAUAGCCUUCCUUUUCCUAUUUGGAUAGUAUUCCCAAUAUUUCCUAAUCCAUUCUCAUUCUUCGAUAAUGACAUUUUAAUACACACAGUAUACAUUGAUAACCAGCCUCAUGAUGCUGGUUAUUCAGGAUCACCAAUGUUCAACUCAAAGAGAGCCAUUGAACUUGCUUCGUGGUUCAGGCCUCAGGAUCUCUACCUCAACACUGAUUUACUGGUUAAAAAAUCUGCAUUUACACUUUUUUUUAUUUAAUUUAUGAAUAUGAAAUCUUGUGAUUUGUAUAUUAUAUUGUUUUAUAUCAUAAUCUUACCAGGGAUUUUAAAGAAGCAGUGUGUGGGAUUUAGGGGGGGUUUAUUGGCAGAAAUGGAAUAUAAUAUUUACAAUUAUGUUUUCAUUAGAGACCUGAAAUCAGUCACCUGAAACUGAAGGUGUGUGUUUCCGUUAGCUUAAAAUGAGCCCUUCAUGUCUACAUAGGGAGCUUCUAACAGUCGGUUAUUUGAACCCUCUUACAACGUGACGUUGUAGUGAAUAAGUAUGAGGCCAAACGCAACAAUAAUCUACUUUGUAAUCCCUUAUACAUAAAGACGAGACUCACCUGACAAGUAACGAGAUGUAACCAAUUUUGUUUGGUGACUACAUUCUAGCAUCUCCCCUCACGCUUAGAAAGGGAGGGGUGAGUGCAGGGGUAUUCACUGGGUUGCAAUCUGCAACCACUGGAUGCCACUAAAUCCUACACACUGUUCCUCUAAGUCCUUUAAGUCUGAUCUAAACGUGUUCAUCACUAUCUGUGAUUGUUUUUACAAGCCACAUUUUUUUAAAUCUGCUUUUUAAUACGUUUUUAUCCAAAUUACAUUUAUCUCACUGUACUGCACCAGUGAUUUUGUCCGAACUUACCUCACUGGUUUUGCAUUGGUGCUAACAUUUUAUCUAUUUUAAGGACUGCUAUUUAUACCAAAAAUGUUUUCUCUCUACUCAUUGAGAACAAACUGUAUUUUAAAUAUUUCAACUGGAGUGUCUUCACUAUUACUGUAUCAAGGACCAGGCUGCAGGGGUCUGGUUUAAACAUAAUGAGCAGUGUCUUCUAACAUAGGAGACCUUAAAGGAUCAUUGCGAUGGUUUUACACAUUUCCUCCCCUAAAUAACAAACGUGUGUACACUAUAAAACAAAAAAAAGCCAACCAUAUUUCACAGCGCACUAUAAGUUCUAGCCAACCAUGCUGCUUUGUUUAAGUAAUAACGUUUAAGAGCUUUUAUUAUUUCUUUAUUUAAAAAAAAAAAAGACAUCUUUGUCAGGGUCAAACAAUGUAAGAUACUAUUAAAACAUACAUGCACUGUACACACAGUAAUGAUUUUCUUUAGUUUUAUUUUUUUUUAUUUUAUGUAUGACAAAUAAAGAAAGUCCCAAUGAAGAGUGGGCAAUGUAAAAAAUAUGACAAUAAAUAAAUAUAAUUUAAGAAAAAAAUAAAAUAUAACUCAAUUAUGAAUAAAAAAAUAGAACCAAUCAAAUAAUAAAAAUCUUUUUUUAAAUAGAACAAAAAAUGGAGAAAUAAAUCAUGGGAAAAAAAACUAAAGAUGAGAAAUCAGCAUCUAAUUCAGUAAAUCCAAAAUAUUUCACCGUCCCCAACAGGUGGGGUUAAUGACCACAGCUUUUAAAAAUGCAGAUCACCAUUUUUUAAUCAGGUAGCCACUUGAUAAAGGCUUUUAAACUUUUGGACUUAUUAACGAAGCAGCAAGCCUUGAACUUGUCGUGGACAGUAGCCCGCCUGUGUAUCAGGACCACAGGCUUUGUGUCUCACUGUCUGAUCCAACUGGUGCUUCCUUAAAGGCAGAAUGAGUAGGAUUUCUCCGUUGCUACGUUUCUGAACUGAGUCCGCACACAAGAUAAUGCUCCCGUGAGCAUAGCUUUUUUUCAUGGUAAUUAAAUAUAUGUCCAUGGGAGCAUUACCUAGAGUGCAGACUCUAUUUUCAGUCUUUUAUCAGCCAAACAAUUCAUUGAUUAAUCAAGAAAUAAAUGGCAGAUUAAUGUUUACGUAGUGUAUGCACAAAAACCACUGAUAUGGCCCUUUAGAUCUUUGAGACAUGAACCAUUAGUUUUCUUUUGUUUUCUAAAUGUUUGAUCUUUUUUUUUUUAUGAAAACUUUUAU